AUGAGUAAUGGAGUAACCUCUUCCCAACUCAAAACUGCGACAUUUUCCUUGGCCUUGCUCCUUUUUCUCCAUAGGCCCAGUCCACCUAUCUGUUGGAGAGUUGGUAGUAGGCUUAAAAGUAACUUGCUUAUUCGCCCUGAGAUCUUGAGGCCUCUAUUACUGACUACGGGGAACACCUCUUUUGUCGAAAGUGAACUUCCUUCUUGCAUCCUUCUAGUUUUUUCAUCGACUAGCCAUCCAUGUUCUUUCAAUGUUUUCUGCAGCCUUUUUAUUAUACACAGAGUUGCACUUGGGGCACAACAUUACUUCGGAGUUCUUUCUCUAGAAACAAUGCAAGAAUUCCACCAGAUUCUCGUCACUUUUGGGGUAGGCCACCCACAUUUGGUCCUCAGUGUGUUGAGAGACCAUCUCUUCGCCACUACCCAUGUAAACUUCUUUGGUGGCAUCGACCAUGUUGAUUUUGAUGUUGAGAUCUUCAGUAAUCUCCAUAUUCUUAAUUUAUUUGCUAAGGAAAAGGUAAUCCGGUCCAACUCCAUCAGCAAUCGCUCGGCUUCCUCUUCUCACCACGAAUCUAUUUGCUCUUCUCACAGUUCCGUCUCAACACCACGAAUCUUCGUCUCAUACCGAUUCCGACGAGCCUCGCUCCGUCUUCAACAUCAACCAUUCGCGGAUUCAUCUUCAAUUCACUCGACUCAUAGCGCCGCCGCAGCAAAACGUACUCCUCCAUUUCAGCUUUCCGCCUCUAUUUCGACCUCCGUCUCGUCCUCUUCAUUCGACCGCCAUCUCAUAGAUUCGAUUGCUCAGCGAUUCAACCUCCGAUGCUUCCGUUCAUGGAUUCUGCUUCGUUUCGGUUUCGUCUCAUCUCAGAUUUCGUAUCCGUUCAUCAACAUAGACGAAAAUAGUGCAUAA